UGUCUCCCCACACAUUUAUAAACAUUACGCUUUUGCAUUUGGUUUUUCAAUUUCUCUCUCCUCCUCUUCUUCUUCUUCUUCUUCUUCCACAAAUCUUCUCUCAAACAACUCCUUGCAGUCGCAGAGAUCACAGCUAGAUGGGUAGUAAUGAGGUGGAGGCUGUGAUGGUGGAUGAAGUUCCAUUUCCUCCACAAAUAACCAUCACCAAGCCAUUGUCCUUGCUGGCUCAUGGAAUUACGGACAUAGAGAUACAUUUCCUCCAGAUUAAGUUCACAGCAAUUGGAGUUUACUUGGACCCUCAGAUUGGGACCCAUCUCCAAAAAUGGAAAGGCAAAUCUCCCGCCGACUUAGCACAAGACGACGAUCUCUUCGACGCCCUAAUUUCUGCUCCGGUGGAGAAGCUGAUACGCGUGGUGGUGAUUAAGGAGAUAAAAGGGUCGCAAUACGGAGUGCAGUUGGAGAAUUCUGUUAGGGAGCGUUUGGCUGAAGAGGAUAAGUACGAGGAGGAAGAAGAAGCUGCUUUGGAACAAGUCGUCCAUUUCUUCCAAUCCAAAUAUUUCAACCCACAUUCUACCAUUACAUUUUACUUUCCAACUACUGCUGCUCCUACCGUCCAGAUUGUAUUUUCAACGGAGGGGAAGGAAGAAUCAAAGAUGGAGGUGAACAAUGCGAACGUGGCUGAGAUGAUACAGAAAUGGUACUUGGGCGGGAGCCGUGGAUUGUCUCCGACCACCAUCUCUUCCUUGGCUACCGCUCUCUCCGCCGAGUUAUCCAAAUAAAUUAUCUUACGUUAAGAAACGUUCAACCUUUUAGUUAGAUUAUAGGUUUAUUGAUACUAUUGUUGCAUCCUCUCAAUUGAGUUAGGUUAUAGGUUUAUUGAUACUAUUGUUGCAGCCUCUCAAUUGAUUCUUAAUGUGAGCUUAUUAUUAUGAGAAUUAAACUCCGAAAUAUUUCUUUUUCUUUUGAGAAUCAUCCCGAAUUCUUAAAGAUGACCAAAAAGAGGUAUUUAGGUGAUGUAGUUUCAUGUUUGUGGAAUGUAAGGGAUACUAUGUUAAUAGGAAAAAUAAAUAAAUCACUCAUGGAUUUUUGAA